CGAGGGGGGCGUCGUCAGCGAGCGCACAUGUGCACACGCCGAAUAGCGAGCAUGUACUGGAGUGUAAAUAAAUAACCCGUCAAUAUUAUUUGCACUUUUUCCCGGUUUGCCAGUCGGUCCCGUCGGACAGCAUGGCCUCAGAGGAGGACGACGUGCUGCUGUUUCUAAUCCACCAGCACCUGAAGGUGAACGGCUACCAGAAAGCUGCCCAGGUGCUGGAGAAGCACGUUACCCAGGUGGAGACACCGCUGGAGAGCUCCUCCACCCUACAUGAUAUCUACACAGGCUGGAUGAAACUGUACUCCCUAGCCCAGCAUGCCAAACAGGAGUCGCAAGAGUCCAGUUACUCAAAGAAAAGCAUCAAAGCAGAGGCUGCAGACAGCAGACUCUCCACUGUCCCAGGAGGAGAUGAUGUGGAUUCCAACCCUCCACUCAAGCCCGGGCCUGAUGUUGUUGAGCCACUGAAGGCAGAGAGCAUCUCUGAGAGUGUCUGUGAGCAGCUGCCGGCUGCUGAUAAUAAAUCCCAAACAACAAACUCUGACAGCGAGAGCGCCGGCUCCUCUGACAGUGAAGUGGAAGAAGAAAAGAUAAAGGAGGAAGAAACAAAAACAGAGCAAGAGUCGGCUCCAACUAAAGUGUGCGCUGAGGCAGAAAGCCUGAGCUCUGCCUCUUCAGACGCUGAGGGAAUAACUGCACCCAGCCAGGUUAACAACAGCCUGGUGUUAUCUGAUCAGGCUGAGGACCAAUCAGAGGCCCCCGAUCCAGCUGAGGCCUCAGUUUCAGGCGGUGACCUUAAAGACGAGCAUCAAGAGGGCAGUGAUGAUCUGAAGCAGGAAGCGACCACAAACACCUCAGAAGUCAUAGAAGAAGCUUCGGCGUCACAGCAGACAGAUGUUCCCAUUCAGGAAGUCAGUGAAGCCGAGUCUCCAGAAGGUGAAGAAGCCACAGCAGGAGAGAUGCCCAGCCUGGUUGAGCCCACCACCUCUGGCCUGACAGCUCUGGAAACCAGUGACCAGCUAGGAGACGGUCAAGCCCCGCCCUCUGCAGACCCUGAUGGUGAAUCUCAAAAUCCAAAAGAGGAGGUGGAGGAUGACGUGGAGGAGACAAAGAAAUCUGAGACGUCAGAGGUCGUAGCUCUUACAUCGGAGCUGGAGGGAGACGCGGAGAUGUUGAAAAUCCCCGUGGACACUGGGAUCCACAGUGAUCUCUCAGCCACUCCAACUGGUAUCAAAGUCACGUUGGUUUCAGAAGAGCGAUCGGACCCAGAGGCCUCCAUCAUCAUCAACAUCACAGUCAAAGAUGACGAAGCAGCUGAGCGAGAGACGGGCCAGCUGUCCCCUGAGGAGACUGCCGAGUCCUGUAAAAACCGCAGCAUUCCCAGGAAAAAGAAAAGGAAGAGCAAACAGGAUUUUGAGACGUCAACAGCAGACACAUCGAUCACGGACACACCCAGCAGCACUGAUGCAUCCACCCCAGAUCCACUUGCUGACACUCCUCUUCCUAGGAAGUCUGCCAAAAAGAAAAAGAGAGACAAAAAGAUACAAGAAGAGGAGGUGACAGAGGAUGGCGGAGAUCAGGAGAAUGAGGAUGAGGUUGAGGCGUCUCAGUUAGCUCCACCAGACAAGAAAAAGAAGGCUAAGAAGAGGAAAAGGGAAAGAGACGAAGAAGAAGAGAAGGAAGAGGAAACUCACACUGUCACUGAAAACAAAAUUAAAAAGAAGAAGAAGAAGAAGAAGGCUAAAGAUGUGGAAGAGGAGGAGUGUGAGGCAGGAGGAGCAGUAGAGGAGAAGGCUGAGAAUCCUGCGAGUCUGACAGAGACAACGGAGGAGAAAAAGAAGAAGAAGAAAAAGAGGAAAAAGGAAGGAGGUCAGGAGAACGAGGCAGUGCAAUCUGAAGAAAAACCAGCAGGGGGCAGUAAUGGCACAGAGGAGAAAAUGGAAGCCACAGAGGGAAAGUCUUCUUUGGACUCCUCGGCCAAAAAGAAAAAGCGUCUCAGGAAGAAGCUCAGCCUGAAGAGGAGAUUAAAACUUCAUAAGAAGGAGAAGAUGGCGAUGAGGUUGAUGAAGAGCAACAAGUUACCUGCAGAUCAGAACCACGUGAGGAGGAAGAAACAGAGACACAUAGAAGAAGAAACAGAGGAAGUGCUUCACCCAAAGCCAAGCAAAAGACCCAAAGCUGAGCCCAUUCAGGAGGACGAAACACCAAAGAAGAAGAAAAAGAUGAAAAAACAUGCUGACCUAGAAGAAAAUUCGUCAAAGGAAAACCAACCUCCCAAGGCAAAGAAGGAGAAGAAGAGGGAGCUGCAGGCUGAGGAUCAGAGCGGUGUGGUAGAUGACCAGAGUGCUGCGAUUCUUGAUGAUGCCGAUACGUCGGCGCCUUCAAACGGAGGGAAGAAGAAGAAAAAGAAAAAGAAGGCAGUUAAAUGCGAGGAAGCUGCAGAAAAUUCAACUGUAACUGUGAGCCAAGAUGUGCCUGCUAAGAAAACAAAGAAGAGCAGACUACAGGAGAAACUAGAGGCGGAGCCUGCUGCAGACACACACACUCCUCCAGCUGUUUCUGGGAUCUGUGAAGAAGUGUUGGCACUCAUCUAGCUGCGAGGCAUUUUAAAAAAAAGAAAAAAUCUUCCAAGAAGAAGACAAACUGAUUUAAAUUUGGGGCGUACUCAGGAGGAUGACUGCAACUUGGCCCUGAAAGCCUAAAAAUGUCAGCGUCUUUUCUCCCGAUUAUUCUGUCUGAGAUUCAUUUUUCCAUGAGAAACAGAUUUCUGAGAGGUGCUGAGAGUAACUUCGCACUACCCUUUGUUCCUAAACUGUGAAUUUAGCACAAUACACACCCUAAAUCCCCCUUUAUUUAGCAGAUUCGGCUUUAAAGCUUUGUUGGAGGCAGACCUGCUCUGCCAGGAACAAAAAGCAUAGUAAUUAGUCAAAUUAUGACUUUAUUAUGCAUUUCAUUCAGCGCAGCCUUUUUAACUGGAAGCUUUUCCCAUUAAAGUCUCAUUAAAGAAAUUAUUUAAAUGAGCUGCCGUUUGAAAGAAUUCACGCAAGUGAAACAUAAAUUUCUAUUUAAAUCAAAGAAUCAGAUUAUUAACAGGAUUGCUAUUAAUUUUUUUUAAUCACAGUUUAUCUGUUUAAUCAUUUGGAGUAAAAUGGCCCUCGAGUUAGUCAGCUUGCAGUUAGUUUAAAACUGAGAGAAGAUGGGAUCUGAGGAUGAUUGGAGGCUGUGAAAGAUGAUUAAUACGUUUCGACUGCAGCGCGAUACGCAUUUCUGCUGCAGAGCAGCUCCGUCUUUAAGUUUCAAAGCUGCAGUCUGCAUCUCCUCAGCACUGAUAAAAACUUAUGAAGGGGGAACUUUCACAGUCGUGUCUUCUCACAGUCAGAGGGGCUCACUAAACCUCCACAUCUUUGAGUUGGAGUUAGAAAUAAGCUAAUAAGGUGGGUUGAUUUUCUUUUUUGUCAGUUCUUUUCUUUUCAUGUGAACUGAUUGAUAAACCAGCAUUUGUGUUUGUUUGAGGUAGAAUAUGUAGUUUUGUUCUGAUGUGCAUAUGAUGCAAACUUUAUCGGCCAUCAGCUAUGCAACUGAUUAAAUCCCGCUGCUGUUGUUUGAGGAAUCUUUGUGCAACUGCUUAAAUUUGCUGUUUCUAACGAUGAGCACGUUUCGAGGAUGCCGGUCGUUAAUAGCUUUAAUUCUGCAGCGGCAGUCAUUUUCUUUGUUUUCCUUCCCACACUGUUACACGUGCUGUGUUCAUGCCACAUUCACGGUGAAAGUCACACUGGGAAACUGAUCUAACUUGGCAUUAAAUUAUAAAGCAAAUGGCAUCACGUCAACACAGCAGUGUUUGUUUCUUAGGCGAUUAAACCCAAAUGUGAUGCUGUUUAUAAGGUUUGUGCUGUCGAAGCUCAGCAGGAAUCAUUUCACCUCUGCAUCCAUCCCUCGUGACGUCUGUUUCACAGUCGAUCGCUUUAACCCAACCCUAAAAACUUCACAUUUUUGGAUGAAAUGUUUUGGUUGUGGUUCAGUUAUUUUGUUUCUAAUUGCAAUUUAUUUUAUUAAAAUUAAUAAAGCAGACACCAAAUAAAGCACUCUGAAACUUUGGCUUUAUUUGGUGUCUGAACUUGUGAGAGAAGCAGACGCAGCUUAGAGCUGAUACCGACAUCGAUUCUGAGAACUAUGAGGAGAAAUGAGGUUUUCCACACUCGGUGUCUGUGUUUACUCGCCGCUGGUGACGCCGUCUUUCUUUCUUUCUUACACAAACAGCCUUUUUCCCUCUGAAACAGAAAUCCAUCAAGUCAAUAGGCGGGGCAGUUUGCCCAGAGUUCAAAUCUAAUUUGUCCUGAAUUUAAACAAAGUGGCGUCAAUUUUACAAAAUCCUGUUGUGAUUUAUGGAUUAUUCCUUGGAAAACUUUCUCAUAAUUUCCUAAACAUUUGUUGCUGUUUAAAAGAAAAAUAACAGGUAUGCUUUUUUU